CUCCCAACUUUCGACCAUCCUCUCUCUCAUGGCCUCGCGGUGUCUCGUACGGGGAUCUAUCAAUGUGGACGAAUUCUUCCAAGGCAAGGGGUUCGACGAUAUCGUCUCCCCAGGCCAAACAAUCUCGUCCACGAAUCUCGUCAGACGGCCUGGCGGCAAGGGCGCUAACCAAGCCGCCGCUAUCGCACGCGCCGGCGGGCUCGUGGACCUCGUGAGCGCGGUCGGGCAUGAUGGGACAUGGGUCAGGGACGAGCUCACGGCAUCGGGCGUGAACACGGAGAGCGUGGCGGUCGUGCAAGAAAGCACCGGACGCGCGAUCAUCCAAGUGUCGCAGAGCGGAGAGAACAGCAUAAUUCUGUUCAAAGGCGCAAACGAUUCGACCCUGCCAUCGCACACGAUCCACCCAGAUACCACACAUCUCGUUCUGCAGAACGAGAUCCCUCUCAAGGAUACCCUCGACUAUCUCUCCAUUGCAUCAGCCAGGAACAUCGCCUCUGUCUUCAACCCAUCGCCGAUGCCCUCAGCCGAAGAGCUCCUUCACUUCCCGUGGAACGACCUGACGUGGCUCGUAGUGAACAACGGCGAGAUGCGAGAGAUCUGUGUCGCACUCGGCUUGGCCAUCCCACCCGCGCUGCCGAGUGCCGCAGUGGAUUGUGCUCGAGUAUUGCUCCAUCUGCUGGCGAAGCACACACCGAAAACAAAGAUCGUCUGCACCCUCGGCGGUGAUGGGCUGCUCGCAAGACUGGGCGAGGAAGACCCGGUCUACGUGCCCGCCGCCAAGCUACUAGGAUCAAAUCGCGAUACGACGGGUGCCGGCGACUGCUUCACUGGCUAUCUUGUGGCUGGGUUGAUGGAUCUGUCGGUUGGACAAACGGAUGACUACGUCGCGGUCCUCCGGCGAGCGACACAGGCCGCGGGAAUGUGUGUGGAAAAGCCGGGUGCAAUGGCGAGCAUCCCUCUGGCCUCUGACGUUGAUGCUCGUAUGAAAUCGAGUGGAUAGAUUAGGCCGGGUCCCAUAGCAGAUCAUCCAACGCAACGUCGAGCUCUUUCGCCAGUAUC